UGCUCCGCGCGGGUGCAGACACUGGGGGUGGGGACCGCGCCGGCGUCGCUGCGCGCAGGCCCCGCCCGGAACCCUGCGAGCGCGCUGGGCUGCCUCCUUCCUCCCUGGCUGGCGCUGGGCAGAGUCAGGAGCCGAGAAACCGAGUCGGCACUGGGCUGUCUGCGUGGUUUGGGGGCAGCAGUCGCCAGAGGAGGAACAUGGCGCUCGUGGGCAACGGGACAGAGCAGGAGGCGGACGAGGACAUCUUUGAAGAUGCAUUGGACACCAUGUCUAUGUCUCGGUCAGCUAUGGCAGCAAGCAGUCAUUACUGUGCUUCAUUUGACACAAAACAGGCAUCUGGACUGCAUGGAACAUCUAAUAUGAGCAGGUCAUCAUCAUCAUCAAGUAAGUUGGAUCUCAAGAGUGGGCUAGAAGAAUGUUCAGUGGCAUUGAACUUAUUUCUAAAUAACAGAUUUACAGAUGCCUUGGAAUUGCUUCGGCCAUGGGCUAAGGAAAGUAUGUACCAUGCCUUGGGCUAUAGUACCAUUGUGGUGUUGCAGGCCAUCAUGACCUUCGAGCAACAGGACAUCCAGAAUGGCAUCUCUGCCAUGAGGGACGCCUUACAAACCUGCCAAAAAUACAGGAAAAAAUGUUCAGUUGUUGAAACUUUCUCAAGUUUUCUUUCCAGAGGUUCAUUUGAACAGCUCACUGAAGAGGAGAUGCAUGCCGAAAUCUGUUAUGCCGAGUGUCUUCUGCAGAAAGCAGCACUCACGUUUGUGCAGGAUGAAAAUAUGAUCAACUUCAUUAAAGGUGGACUCAAAAUUAGAACAAGUUACCAAAUAUAUAAAGAAUGCCUUUCUAUCCUGCAUGUAAUUCAGAAGAGCAAAGGUGAACAGCAGUUCUUUUAUGAGUUUGAGGGAGGUGUCAAGCUGGGAAUAGGUGCCUUUAAUCUGAUGCUGUCUCUUUUACCUGCACGAAUUAUCAGAUUGCUUGAAUUCAUAGGAUUUUCUGGAAACAGGGAAUUGGGCCUUCUGCAGUUACGGGAAGGUGCCUCAGGAAUCAGCAUGCGGUCUCCUCUGUGCUGCUUAACUAUUCUUGCUUUUCACACUUACAUCUCCUUAAUACUUGGCACAGGAGAAGUGAAUGUCAUGGAAGCGGAGAGUCUCCUCGCGCCUUUCCUCCAGCAGUUUCCAAAUGGCUCCCUCAUGUUGUUUUACCAUGCCCGGAUACUGCUGCUGAAAGGGAAUUUGGAAGAGGCACAAGAGACAUUUCGAAAAUGCAUUUCUGUUCAAGAAGAAUGGAAACAGUUUCAUCAUCUCUGUUACUGGGAGCUGAUGUGGAUUUAUGUAUUCCAACAAAACUGGAUGGAGGCAUAUUACUUUUCAGAUCUGCUUUGCAAAGAGAGUAAAUGGUCUAAGGCAACAUAUGUGUUCUUAAAAGCCGCAAUUUUGAGUAUGCUUCCAGAGGAGGAUGUGAAAACAACUAAAGAGGAUGUGGUGACAUUGUUCAGACAGGUGGAUGGCUUGAAGCAGAGAAUUGCUGGGAAAUCAAUUCCUACUGAGAAGUUUGCUGUGAGGAAGGCUCGCCGCUAUUCCGCCUCCUUGCCUGCACCUGUGAAACUCGUCUUGCCUGCCCUGGAAAUGAUGUACGUCUGGAAUGGUUUUCCAAUAGUGAGCAAAAGAAAGGAUCUGUCUGAAAAUCUGUUGGUAACCGUUGAAAAGGCCGAGGCAGCUUUUCAGAAUGCAGACCUCAACGACUACUCUGUGGAUGACGAAUGCUUAGUGAAACUGUUGAAAGGAUGCUGCCUGAAGAAUCUACAGCGGCCUUUGCAAGCGGAAUUGUGUUUCAAUCACGUUAUCCAAAGUGAAAAGCUACUGAAGUAUGACCACUACCUAGUGCCAUUUACCCUGUUUGAGUUGGCAUUUUUGUACAAAAACCAAGGGGAAAUCGACAAGGCCAUAAAGGUUCUGGAAACUGCCAGAAACAACUACAAGGAUUAUUCCAUGGAGUCCAGGCUGCACUUCAGAAUUCAGGCAGCUCUUCACCUCUGGAAAAAACCUUCCUCAGAUUGAGCAGAAUGUGAUGGAUGACCUUUUUCUUAAUCGACACUGACAUCUGCUACAGAUUAGACCUUGUAUUAAAGUGAAAAUGUGAUCUUGUGAAUGAGAGAUAAAAAUAUAACUAUCGUCGAUAUUUUCUAUAAUCUGUAUGGUAUAUUAUUCUAUAUAUAUGCGGUUUUUUUCCUAUGGAACGAUGUUCAGUACUAUUUUAAAAAUUCCUAUAUAUUUUGCCUCUCCAAAGAGAAUUUCAUAUUAGGUUUGAGUUGGAGAGUGAAAAGUCUUUUCAAGGACUCAAAGGUACAAUAAAGUCUAAAUUAGAUUAUUUAUUUUUUUUUAAAUGUGGAAGUGAAAAAUGUUUAAGUAGCCAGUGGCUUGCAACUUGAGACAUUUUUUAGAUUUGUUGGCCAGUUAAACCUUAGGGAUUUUUUUUGCUGCAUAUCUAAAUUUUAGAGGCAAAAUAGAAAUCACCUAUGUUCCAAAUAGCUUAAUAAUAACUUUAUGAAGACUCCCUGAAAAAGAAGACAAUGGUUUAUACAGGGACAGGAUAAUAUACUUAACAAGUUGAAAAGAACUGUUUCCAGAAAAGAUUAAAAAAUGCUGUAUUGUGUUUUAGCCUUCAUGGUUAAAGAUAACUGUUUUGAGAGAUUUUUCUGUUUUGAAUGUACUUAAAUCUAUUAUAAUAAGAAAAGAUUUUAAAACUCUGCAUACCCAAAGGGAGGAAAAAGUCAUAUUUUAGAAAUUACCUUCAACUUUAGCAAGAGAGCCUAAAUAUAUAUGUAUAUGUUUGUUGAUUAUUUUUUUAUAGGAAGUGAAGUUCCUGCUGCUUUAAAUGAUAUGUAAAAUAUCAAUAGUUUUUACAGUUAUGAUGUUAGUGAGUACGAUCUAAUUUUUUAAAAAACAAAAACCCACAGACCAAACUCUAGCACUGUGAUGGUUCCUUAUAAAUACAUGGACUGAGUUGAGUCCUUUUAUUGGGAGACACAAUCAGGGCAUAAGCAGAAGAGAGACGGACUCUGGCCCUGGCUCUGCCUCAGGUUAGCAGUGAGCGGGGUCACCACCAGGGAACCCACUUGCUCUUGGCAUCCCCACCUUUUCCUUACCUGUGAAAAGGAAAAAAAGAUGGAUGUCUUUCAAGGCCUCUUUCAGUUUUAUAACUGUGAGUCUGUGUAUGGGGAAUUUAUUUUCAGUGAAUAAUGUUUAAAUGUUUCCUCUAAAUCAUUCCUGUGUUAAAAUGUUCAAACCAU